AUGGAACAAUUCGAGCGGGGGGCGCAGAAUCAACAACAAGCGAGUUCUUUGUACGAUAACUUAUCCGCCUACCAAGAGCAGCAACACGACGCGCUUUUGCUCCACGAGAACGAGAACUUUGAACAGGAACAGCAUGUCAUGCUGAAUGCGGGAUACCUGGACAGUGGCAGUAGCUCUCCUGCUGCUGGAGCAGGUCAAGGAGCAGUUUCUGGGGCGGCUCUUGAGCUUGAACAACAACGGACGAAUAAGCAGGAACAGGACGUCGAGGCGACG